GUGAAAAAUGUCUACUUAGACGAGGCCCCUGCAGUCAAACACCCCAAGCCCACCACCCAGUUCUCGUCGUCUCCAGUCAAGUGGGGUUGGACAAAGGACGUUUAAUACCUCUCUCUUCUAUUCUCUGCGUAGUUCUCUCAUUCUGUAGCCCGUUCCUCUUCCUCUGCGUGGUUUUCUCACUCUGUUGCCUGUUUCUGUCCCUGCUUUCUCCGUUGCGGUUAAAUAGGGUGGCCGACACCAUUCCGGCACCACCCUGUGAGCAAUUGUCUCUAGUAAAGAAUUCAAAUCUGUUGAUUUGCACUUUUCAUUUAAAGGAAAGGUGUUUGUUUACUGAUCAAGCGGCGGCUAAGUGUAAUCCUUUGGUGUAAUAAAUGAUGGAUUGACAACAGAGUAGCUCAGAGUGCAACGAGGAUACCUAAUUAUUCCAAUACAAUCCUGCUACAACUUUCAUAGGAAAUAAAUUUCUGGCAGUGGUUCCCAAGCAGUGAAAAUUUUGUGGGGUAUCAACUAUGGUGAUAAUGAUCCUCAGAUAGAAGGCCUUUGGUGUAGGGCUGGUGCUGUUAACCUGCAAUAAUGUCCAGUACGAGCUCCAACGAUUGUUCUCUUCCUAGCCAAAGAUUAUUAGGAAAAGUUGCUUUGGUCACUGGAGGUGCUACAGGCAUUGGAGAGAGCAUAGUACAUCUGUUUCACAAACAUGGUGCAAAGGUUUGUAUUGCUGACAUCCAAGACGAGCGUGGUCAGCAGCUGUGUUCGAACCUUGGUGAUUACCUGAAUGUUUGUUAUUUUCAUUGUGACGUCACAGUAGAAGAUGAUGUCAUCCGUGCUGUUGACUUCACCGUUGACAAGUUCGGCUCACUUGACAUCAUGGUGAACAAUGCUGGGGUAUCAGGUCCUCCUUGUUCCGAUAUUCGUAAUUUUGAACUAUCUGUGUUCGAAAACGUGUUUAAUAUCAAUGUGAAAGGCGUUUUUCUGGGAAUGAAACACGCAGCUCGUAUCAUGAUUCCGCUGAAGAAGGGCUCGAUUGUUUCUCUCUGUAGUGCUGCGAGUGCAAUGGGCGGUGUAGGACCUCAUGCAUAUGUAGGGUCUAAGCAUGCUGUUUCAGGGCUGACCAAGAACGUAGCUGCAGAGCUGGGGAAGCAUAACAUACGGGUGAACUGUGUCUCUCCUUAUGCAGUUGCAACAAGCUUGGCUCUAGCUCAUUUACCCGAAGAUGAGCGGACAGGAGCCGCAAUGGAUGGUUUUCGAUCGUUUGUUGGGAGGCAUGCUAACUUGCAAGGCGUAGAGUUGACAACACAUGAUGUUGCUAAUGCUGUACUCUUUUUAGCUAGUGAUGAAGCAAGGUACAUAAGUGGAGUCAACCUCAUGGUUGAUGGCGGCUUCAGCUGCGUGAAUCACUCGCUCCGUGUUUUUAGAUGAAACUUUGUGUCUUUUCAUUCAUAUGAUAUAUGGUUUUAAGGGCAGCCUGUUGGGUAACUUGAUGAUUUUUAUUUGACAUUUGGCCAGUUGUCCUAUUCUGCUCCUCGAUUCUGUCUGAUAAAAACCAGCUCUAGGACUCUUGGGUCAUAUUUGCUAAAACAUUGGCAAUGAUCCUUGUAGUCGCAUUAUCUAUCAGAAGCGAACAACCAGCGAAACGCUGGUCAAUAUUUGCUUUUUUCUCC